AUGCCACGCAAGCGUGCUGCCCCGGCUGAGAGCGCCGCGAGCCAGGCCAAAAAGGCCAAGACAACGACCGAGGCCGCGUCCAAGAAGGCCGCGCCAGAGGCGGCCGAACCAGCGGCGACAGAGGCGACCUUGACAAAGGUUCCUGAGAGGUGGUCGGCCGUCUCUGUCUCUGCCAAUAUUGCCAAGGGACACGAGGAGCGGCUGACCAAAUCCGAUGAGGCUUACGCGUUUGAAUGCUGCUGUCCGCCUCGUUUCGAAAGGCCCGCUGCGUUCGAUUGGGAAGAUGAAGACGAUGACGAUGAGGAUGAAGAGAAGGACGAAGAAGAUACGGAUCAGUCCAAGUGCGACAGCGGCAAAACUUGCAUGUGCCGGAAGAAGGCCGCGGACCACCCAGACCACCCCUGGGCGCUUAGUAUGGCUGGAGAGCAGCUGUACCUGUCCCAGUUUGUCCUGGCGAGCUUGCGCGACCCAGACAACUUCAGCAUGUACACAUACAACGACCACUUCGGCUACGGGCUCAUUGAGAUGCUGCAGAACAUGAUUCUUGACUUUAUGGAGUCUCCCAAUUGGAGAGAGCAGUGGUGCAUUGUGGAGGCCGCCGUCAUGUGGCUCCUAGACUCCGAGGCCAAUGCGAUGAUGCAGGUUGACGACUCGGACACUGUACGAGACUCGUAUAGCAUGAUUGGCCGUAUGUUCCUCAGCAUGAUUGCUCGCCUCGAUCGCGAAGGCGUCAUGGGCGAAGUGCUGAACCUCGGCACCGUCAUGGCGCUGUAUAUCAAGCUGGCACAGCAUGCCCGCGACAAUGGCCUGCUUGACGAGGAUGAUGCGGAAAAGGUGGCUGAUGGCAUUGCAUACACGCCGAGUCGCUUUGACGACUACGUGCUUGCGUACUCUAAAAAGCAUGACAUUACCCUCCGGGGGCCAAAGGGACUCGAGGGCUUCAUUGACGAGUGCGAAGAAGUAGAAUUGCCGUUAUCGACUUCCAACAAGUGCGACCCAUGGAAAUGCGCAGCUGCCGUUAAGAAGUACAAAUCGGAGCAUAGCAGCAGCUCUGCCCCGGGAUCUAGGACGACCUAUAAAGGGAUCGGUGGCGACCACUAUGAUAUUUCGAGCUGGAUGCCCGCCGACCGCAAGAAAGCUAGCUUUAGCGGCAAGGACCCUUUCACCAGAAGUAUGAUUAAUUCGAUCAAGGAGGGCCUGGUGAUGCAGCUUGCGUAG